AUGAAAACCUCGAAGAAAAAAGCAAAAGAAACGGCGAAAGUUGUACCUUCUGAUGAUCCAGUUAAACCAGACGAUCAGUUAAUUCUAAGUCAAGAAGAAUUAGAUGAAGUUUAUGGCAAUGGUCUUUUUGUUAAAGAACCACCCACACCACAUGCUAAAGUAAUUUAUAGCAAUAAACAAAAGACGUAUUUACCAAAGAAAGAAAUCACUAAUUGUAUAAAACUCUUCGAGUUGAAAUCUACAUUAUUUCAUCGCGAAUCGAUGAAUGCCAUUAUACAAAUUGAAAAUGAAUUAUGCAGAAAACCAGAAAAUUUAGGUACGGAUGAAAUAAUGGGUGAAAAUAUUACAGAAGAAGGAGAAGAAGAAGAAUACAUUGACCCGUUAGCAUUAGACUUAAAUAUUGAUGAUUUACAGUCAGUUGAAGACGUUAACGAAGAGUUCUUGCAUGAAAACAUGGAGAUGGGAGAAGAAGGUGAAGUUGAGAGUAUAUUGACUGAUCUCAAGAAUGAACCCGAAGAAGAAAUAGAAUCACGUGUAGUAAAAAAAGUAUCUGAAGAGUCCUUUUUAAGCUUGCCAGUGACGAAAUUGUGUACUGUGGUGAAACUUAAAAACAAGUUCAACUUUUUUGACAGAGUUUCACAAACUAAAAAAAUUCUUAUGAGGAAUAAAGAUACUCAAACUCCCGUAACUAAAAAGUUUGAUUUUGCUGCGUUUGUGUCACUUUCUGAUAUUUAUGACACUUAUGAAGUUGACUUUGCAAUACAAAAGGAAGAGAAAGAUAAAGAAAUGAGAGAGAAACUGGCAGCACAUAUGGGCAAGAGGAAAACUAAAACCCGUAAAAAAAUGUAUAUUGAACACGAUGAAAUGAAAUAUGAAUUGUUGAAGGUUGCUAAGAUUCUUGAAAAAAUCAUCAGCUUAAAUGCUACAGAUGCCAUAGCCCAAGAUUUUCGAUAUUAUGAAGACCCCUCAGAUCAAUUCAGGGACAGAGGAGAAGGGACCUUAAUGUUAAUGUGGACAAUGGUAUACGAAGAAGAAAAAAAAUUAAUUGUUACUGACAUAACCUGGAGUCCUGAUUAUUUUGACAUGUUUGCAAUAACGCUAAGCAUUCCACAGGGUGAACUAAAAUUUACUGAAAGUCCAGACAUUGGUUACGUGUGCUUGUGGGUUUUGAAGAACUCGUCGUACCCAGAUUAUGUAGCUCAUACACAAUCCGGUGCAAUGUGUUUGAGUUUUCAUCAUGAUUUCGGUUACCUCCUUGCCGUUGGACUACGUGACGGCAAUUUAGCCGUAUACAACGUUAGUUUACUGAAAAACGAACCCCAAUACUCGACCCACUCAGCUGGUACCAAACUCAUGGCUAGUGUAAUGCAGGUAGUUUGGUGCAAGAACUUGCCUACAGGUGAGAUGAACUUCUUCUCUGUGUCCGAGGAUGGAUUAGUCUGUCAAUGGAUACUGAUGCAAAAUGAGUUGAUGAAAGUUGUUAGGAUGUCUCUAGUCAUAGAUAUGUAUCCAGAAAUCGAGCUUGGUGGUAUCAAACAAACUUACUAUGCCAGGGGUACGACGAUUGCAUUUAAUCCAACGGAUCCAGAAAUAUACUUAAUCGGUACGGUUGAAGGAUAUAUAUUUAAAUGUAAUACGGAAUGGAGUUGUUAUGUUCAAAGAUUUAAAGCUCACGAAAUGCCGAUAAACCGAAUCGAUUUCAACAAAUUUGAUUCAAAUAUAUACCUUACCUGUAGUGAAGAUUUCGUUAUUAAAUUGUGGGAAGACAAAUCCGAAAUUCCAUUGAUAAUCUUCGACCUUCAGACGGGUUUGACGGACGUGCGUUGGUCGCCAUUCUCUAGUUCAGUAUUCGGUGUUAUCACUGUAGACUGUCGUGUACUUUUUUACGAUUUAGACGUGAGUACUAAAAAUUCCGUUUGUGAACAGCUUAUACACCCCACAGAGAAAUAUCGACUCGUUCGAUUAGCUUUUGACAGACGAGUACCGAUGAUUGUGGUUGGAAGUUCGAGGGGUACUAUUGUUACGUAUAAAUUGUCACCAAAUCUUCGUGCAAUUAUGAAGUCUCCAAAGAAAGGAGUUCAAAUUCCUACAGAAACGCUAGAGUUGGAAAAAUUGCAUACAGUGUUGAAUUCUGUUAGGGAAUAA